UAAAAACAUAUUUUGACGAAGUCUAUGCUUAUUCUCUGUAAUACAGUAUUUAAUCACUAAUCGAAUUUAAAACUAUUCUAUAAACCAUAUUUUGUUGACAGGUCACCACAAGUGACUCCCCUGACAAACGCGGCCCAGGCGAAGAAGAAGCCGGACGACUCGAAGCAGACCUGCUGCAAGUGUUGCAACGCGCCAAAAUGCUGCGCCAAGCUCGGCCUGACGCGACUGCUGUGCUGUGUCAAGCCUUCUGCGCCGACCGCUGCGGCUCACGAGUCGUGCUGGCGACGCAUCUUCUGCUGCGGCAAGGCCAAGGACACCAAGAACAUGAAGAAGAAGUCGAAGGACGGCUGCUGCAAAGGCGCACUGAAGGCGAUCUUCUGCUGCGGCUGCUGCUGCAAGAAGAAGAAGAAGUCGUCGCAGAGCGAGAGCAAGUGCUGCAUGAAGUGCAAGAGCUGCAUGCGGACGUGCACGGGCAAGUGCAAGAGUGGCCUGAUGAGCUGUUGGCGAGCGAUUUGCUGCCUGAACCGCGGCUGCUGCCAGAAGAUCAGAGACAAGUGCUGCUGCACGGCUGCUGGGUGCUGCCUGCCUGGUGGGUGCUGCGGGCGCGCUCUCAUGCCCGGUGAGACCAGGCCCGACCCCAAGCGGCAGAGCACCAAGAGCCAGCACGUAUCCAGGAAGCGCGAUCAAGAUCUGCCAAAGCUGGACAUUUCGCUGGUGGAGCAGCCGCCCUCCAUGAUGAGAGGAGCUAUACCUGUGCUUCCAAUUCCUCUCGCCUGGCUUUGUCUUUUCCUCAAUAUUUUCAUCCCAGGAUCAGGUACAUUUUUCAGCGGAGUAUUCUGCCUGUGCUUCGGCAAGGCUCGGUUCUCGGUGAAGGACAACCGGAACACGCGCCUCGGCUGCUUCUGCGUGAACGUGAUCGUGGCGCUGAGCCAGGCGUUCACCAUCGUCUUCUGCCUCGUUGGCUGGGGGUGGAGCAUCUGGUGGGGGGUCAUGAUGGUCAGGUUUGCUAAAAAGCAUAAAAGGAUCCAGCAAGCAGAAAAUCAGGCGGCCACAUCUUCGCAGCCGAACGCAGUCGAUCCUGAGGCUGGAGUGGUUCGCCAUUAGUAUUAUUAUUUGUAAAAAGUUAUUCAAAACAUAAAAACUAAAACUCCAAUCUAUUUUACCAAGUACCGUAUACCUCUCCAAUAAUCGAAUAAGUGUGAUUUCUUUGAGGAAGAGUGUAUGUAUUCAAAAAUGCAUUAUUCAUUUGAGAUUCUAAGAUUUCAAGAUUUUAGAAGUACAUAUUGUGUUGAUCAUGAAUUUCAUGUGUUUUGAGCUAUGGGGCCUGUAUAAUAGACAUUUUGUGAGAUUUCUGGUAAUGUGGGGAAUCUCCCUUUACUACACGUGAAAAGUGCGACAAGGUGAGCUAUUAUACGGUAUGUGACAGAAUUUAUGUACUAUGUAUAUUAUACGUCUGGUUUGAGGAAGCCUUUUUCUAUAACACAGAGCUUGAAAUUGUCUGUGAUACAAACCCCUGGUCUCAAAAAGCUAUAUUGUUAACAGAAAAUAUGAAUUCCGUUUCACUAGUUUGUUGUAUUUUUUACCAAUUCUACAUAAUAUUUUUGUACAGUAGAAACUCUAUCCUAUUUUCAUUUAUUCAUAGAUCUUCACAGUAUUACCUGAGCAUCUUCAUAUUAUGUGCUUCUAUCUACUUAAAAAGCAAUCCAGCUCAUCAAAUCUCAACUUUUAUUUUUGAAAAAAUUCAAGGAAAAUAGCUACGGUAUCGUACUUCCUAGAAGAAGAGGGCAUUCUUUCAAAUUGAAAUUUAGAAAUUUCAUGUAAAUAAUUUAAAAAGAAGGAAAAACAUAUCAAACGCUCCUGCUUAGAUCAUUUUUUCCAAAAUGUGACUUUUAAUAUCUGAUGUCUGUAACAUUUAAUCCAGGAAGAUGAUUACUCUAAAGUAAUGUUUCUGGUAUCAAAACAUGUUAUUAUCUUGAAAAUGGUUUUCCAUUAAUACGCUUUUACUAGGGAUUCCCAGUGGAAGGUAGUGCCUUUUUUACUGGAUUUGGAAGCAAAAUUAUUGAAACGUGAAGGAGUUCUAGAUGUAAAAUAAAAAAGAGAAAUGUGAUUUAAUUG